GUGUAUAUAUGACGCUGCCGUUCGUCUUCAGUUCACCUUUUUCUUUUUUUCUGUAUCCAUCGAUCAGUUACACUCAUUUACAAUAUAGUAAUCACACAUUCAUUUAAAAAACAAUCAAUCUCUUCAAAAUCCAAACACCUUCUCCAAACCAAAAACCAACCCAAAAAACUUCAAUCUAUCAAAAUGCAGUUCAACAUCCUCGCCCUUACCGUUGCCGCCAUGGCCUCCGUCGCAGUCGCCACUGAGACUGUCACCGUCUACGCUUGCCCAAGCUCCACUGGUCUCUCCGGCUCUGCUGCCACCGCUGGUGCUUCCUCUGGAUCCUCUGCUGGAGAAUCUUCCGGCAUCACCUCCGGUUCCACUGGAUCUUCCUCCAGUGAAUCCUCCGGCCUCACCUCCAACCCAUCUGGUGUUGCUGCCCCAUCCGGUGUUGCCGCCCCAACUGCCUCCUCCGGUGUCGUUACCUCCCCAUCUGGAACCAGCUCCCCAAUUGCUUACGCUACUGGUGCUGCUGGUCACAUCCAAGUUUCCGCUUUCGGAAUGGUUGUUGCUGGUGCCGUUGCUCUUCUCAUCUAAAUUCUUUAAUCGAGCAUCGAAAGGCGUCUGGAUCAUUAACGAUGGCGUCUUCAAUUCUUUCGAUAAUUUGGCCUAACGACGUAUCUUUUUCUUUCGUGAUCCAGCGACGAUAUACCCUGACGUGUGAUCUACACUUGUGGCGCAAGUUGGAUGGCUAAUUUGGUUCAAUUACGGAGCUGCUGGAUUUUUGCAGAGGAUGUGGAUGAUGCUUUGACAUCGACUUCUCUUGUACAUAUGAUACUUCAUUGCAAGCAUAUUAAAUCAACAAGACUACGUCGAUUUCUUGAGCUGUGAAUACUACAAAUCAAUAAUAAAAUAAUCUCUCGGUUCAUUGUGAACUUCAUGGAAAUUUUUCUUUUUUCACUGUUCGAGUCCCAUAGUUGAGGUGAUUUUUUUUGCAACUUGGCGUCUGGGGAUCUUCGAAGUCCCGACG